AUGAACAGUUUGGAGACAACGAGUAAAAUAGAAGAUACAACCGUCUUAGAAAUGAAGUUAUUUCUCACUGCUUCUAGCCUUGCGUUUUUUCUCAAGUUCAUUCUGGCUGUGCCCGUUAAGCACGAUCUUUCCCAGCCUAACUUUGAAGACUUCGUUUCAACUCCUGCAAUUAAUUUAGACUACUUUGCCGAAGAUAACUACACUUUAGCUCAGUAUGACCGUCUCGUACAGGGGUUUUCAGAAUUUUCCCAGGUUUCCAGCGAAGUUUCACUUUUUGCUGUGAAUAGUCCCGCACCAGUUGCUCAAGAGACGGUUUAUCAAUACACCUUAUCUAAACGUGAGGAUUUAUCCCCAGACAAGAUGAACUACGUUUUAAAAAAGUCACCCAAGGCAACUAUUUACUUCAAGGAUACGAAAACAAUCCUAGUUCCAGACGAGCAAGAUUUUAUUGAUGCUGACAAGGUAUCGUUGAAGUCAUGGUUGACGAAAGGCAAGUAUAAGUUUUAUGAGUGUGGUAUUGAUGGCGAGACUAAGUACGGGUAUGAAGAGUUACUACUUCCUGCCAGCCCAUGCUUGUCAUUUUUGGGAAGCAAGGACCUGGCAUCUGGCUCGGUGGGAAUUGGUUAUCUGGUGAAUCUAGAUUUGACCAGUGUUAGGGAAGGCAAUGUGGGAUCAACGAUGACUCGUUUGCUCGUACACCACUAUACCAAUAUAAAUCUGCUUACUACCAAGUCCUCGAAGAGUACAAGUUUUUCUGGGUCACAUAAAUGUUCCACAUCUGAAAAUGAAGCAGUCAGACUUUUCUAUAAACCGAGCACGGUUGAGUUUGAGCUUAAGAGAAGGCCAAUUAUUUACAACCGCUUGAAGUCAAGUUUCAUCCGUAACGAUUGGUUGAAAUUGGAAAAGAUGAAACUUUUAACCUCCAAUCCUCCAAUUUUCUACUGUGGCUACGAAGACUCUUUUGAUCUUCAAUGCGACAAGCCUGCAAAUUGGUUUGGUUCAAUCAAUGGAAACCUGUACAAUUCUACUAUUGUCAAAUCACUGCAUCAAUUCUAA